GUGUCUCCAUAGCAACUCCUCCUACGAUUUCCGCCAGCUUCCCUCAGGCCACGCAGUGCGUCGGCCCGCCUGAUGACGCCACUCGCCAGGCGCCGGAAGUGAGCAGCACAGUGCCGGAAGCGACGGCAGAGGCGGCCUCGUGGAGGAGAAGGCAGCAUGGGACAGUCGGGGCGGUCCCGGCACCAGAAACGCGCGCGCGCCCAGGCGCAGCUCCGCAACCUCGAGGCCUAUGCUGCGCAGCCGCACUCGUUCGUGUUCACGCGGGGCCGCGCGGGUCGCAGCGUCCGGCAGCUCAGCCUGGAUGUGCGGCGGGUUAUGGAGCCGCUCACCGCCACCCGCCUGCAGGUUCGCAAGAAAAACUCGCUGAAGGACUGUGUGGCAGUGGCUGGGCCCCUUGGGGUCACACACUUCCUGAUCUUGAGCAAAACGGACACCAACGUCUACUUUAAGCUGAUGCGCCUCCCAGGAGGCCCCACCUUGACCUUCCAGGUCAACAAGUACACACUGGUGCGUGAUGUGGUCUCCUCACUGCGCAGGCACCGCAUGCACGAGCAGCAGUUCAUCCACCCGCCCCUCCUGGUGCUCAACAGCUUCGGCCCCCACGGCAUGCACGUGAAGCUCACAGCCACCAUGUUCCAGAACCUGUUCCCUUCCAUCAACGUGCACAAGGUGAACCUGAACACCAUCAAACGCUGCCUUCUGAUUAACUACAACCCUGACUCCCAGGAGCUGGACUUCCGCCAUUACAGCAUCAAAGUGGUCCCUGUGGGUGCUAGUCGCGGGAUGAAGAAGCUGCUGCAGGAGAAGUUCCCCAACAUGAGCCGCCUGCAGGACAUCAGCGAGCUGCUGGCCACGGGCGCAGGGCUGUCAGAGAGCGAGGCAGAGCCCGAUGGCGAGCACAACAUCACGGAGCUGCCCCAGGCCAUCGCAGGUCGUGGCAACAUGCGUGCCCAGCAGAGUGCUGUGCGGCUUACGGAGAUCGGGCCCCGGAUGACGCUGCGACUCAUUAAGAUCCAAGAGGGUGUUGGGGCCGGCAACGUGCUGUUCCACAGUUACGUGCACAAGACAGAGGAGGAGCUCCAGGCCAUCCUGGCGGCCAAGGAGGAGAAGCUGCGGCUCAAGGCCCAGAGGCGGGACCAGCAGGCCCAGAAUGUGCAGCGCAAGCGAGAGCGCCAGGAGGCCCACAAGAAGAAGAGCCUGGCAGGCAUGAAGAGGUCCCGGGCGGGGGCUGACGGGGACAGCGAUGCUGAGGACCCUGGGGCGCCCCCAGAGGCAGAGGGGCCCAGCCGCCAGGGAGAAGAGGAGGAUGAGGCUGAGUACUUCCGCCAAGCAGUGGGCGAGGAGCCUGAUGAGGACAUGUUCCCCAGGGUGGCCAAGCGGAGACGGCUUUCCGGACCCCCAGGCAGGAAGUGGCAGGUGAAGCAGCGGAGGCCUGACCGGGACCGUGAUGCCAAGCCCUGCCCUGCUAACUUUAUGGCAGUAGUUGACCGCAAGCUGGAAGCGUACCAGGAAGCAUACCUGUGUCCCCUUCUGAUGGUUGAGUUCCUGGUGGCCGUGGCAGGCAAUGGCCUGGCCCUAUACCGCUUCAUCAUGCGGGAACAGCGGCCAUGGCACCUGGCCGUGGUCUUCUCUGCCCAGCUGGCGUUCAGCAACCUACUCUAUGCCCUGACACUGCCCCCGCUGGCCAUGUACUUCUACCCCCCCAAGAGCUGGAGCUAUGGGGAGGUGGCCUGCCGCCUGGAGCGCUUCCUCUUCACCUGCAACCUGCUGGGCGGUGUCAUCUUCAUCACGUGCAUCAGCCUCAACCGCUACCUGGGUGUGGUCCACCCCUUCUUCACCCGCAGCCAUCUGCGGCCUAAACAUGCCUGGGCCUUCAGUGCUGCCAGUUGGGUCCUGGCGGCCCUGCUGGCAGUGCCCACCCUCAGCUUCUCCCACCUGAAGCAGCCACAGCAGGAAGCAGGGGAGUGUAGCCAAACCAAACCUGACGCCUGUGUCAAGUGCCUGGGGACAGCAGAUGACAGCCGGCUGCCAGCCUUCAGAGCCUACAGCCUGGUGCUGGCGGGGCUGGGUGGCGGCUUGCCACUGCUGCUCACCCUGGUGGCUUACGGUGCACUGGGGUGGGCCGUGCUGCGCAGUCACAGCAUGACCUCGGCUGAGAAGCUGCGUGUGAUUAUGCUGGUGGCCAGUGGGGUGGCCCUCUAUGCCAGCUCCUACGUGCCCUACCAUGUCACACGGGUGCUCAAUUUGGACGCCCGGCAGCGCUGGCGUGCCCGCUGUCCAGGGUUUGCCAAUGAGACCCAGGCCAUGGAGGCACUGGAGCUGGAGCACUACCUGAGCUACCAGGUGACGCGGGGCCUGGUGCCCCUGGCCAUCUGUAUCCACCCGCUGCUCUACAUGGCCGUGGUGCCCAGCCUGGACUGCUGCCGCCAGUGCUACCUGACCCGCCAAAACCCGGACAAGAACCCUGGCCAGGUCUUGCCUCUUGCCGCCACAGCCACCCCUGAAACCUCAGAGCUAGGCCUAUGACGUGCUCUAUCUCGAGCCUGCUCCUCACCAUAAGGCACUCAUAGUGACCAAGUAAGAACCCAAAAAUGUGACAGGCCCUAUGCCCUGAGAGGUCCCCUCCGGGCUCCCACUUCCUCCAGGAAGUGGCAGCCAGGGUGGGACAACCACAGCGCAAGUGGGGGAAGGCACAAGUCCCUUCCACGGUGUCACCCACAAGGCCAUCGUGGGCCAGAGACCAAAGCCCAGCUUGGGGGAGAGGGAGGCACCCCACACAGAACG